AUGCAUUGUGAAAUUGACGAGUUGAAAAGAGAGUUGCGUCACACUUGGCGAAGACGUUCCCCGCCCAGCUCCGAACCGUCCUUUGAAGAGACAGAUGGUGCUAGUUAUAGACGGAGAUCCAAAACUCCGCCUAGCGAGACCUUUUCCUAUGAAGAGGAGCACCACCAUCGACGUAGGUACAAAAGCCCGCCUCGCAAAGGCUUGGGGAACGAUGCCAUGAACAAGGCGUUGAGUCAAGUUUCCAAAUCACCCUUCACACGGAACAUAAAGGAUGCGAGCCUUCCUCGGCGAUUUCAUCAACCCACAUUCACCAUUUAUAAUGGUCGGACAGACCCGGUAGAACACAUUAGCCAUUUCAGUCAAAGGAUGGCUAUUCACUCCAAAGAUGAGGCCUUGAUGUGUAAGGUCUUUCCAUCUAGCUUGGGCCCGGUGGCGAUGAGGUGGUUCAACGGUUUGAGGGCUAACUCCAUCGACUCCUUCAAAAAACUCACCCGAGCUUUUGGUGCUCGCUUUAUUACUUGCAGUAGGAUUCCUCGGCCUUUAAGAUGCUUAUUGUCUAUGUCCAUGCGGAAGGGUGAGACUCUGAAGGCUUAUUCAGAUAGAUACUGGGGAUUGUUUAAUGAGAUAGAGGGAGAGUACGAUGAUGUGGCCAUAAGCACUUUCAAGGCUGGUCUUCUAGCCGAGCAUGAUUUGAGGAAAUUUCUAAUUGGUAAACCUGUUACUAGUGUACGCCAAUUGAUGGAUCGAAUCGACAAGUACAGAAGAGUAGAAGAAGACCAACUGCAGGGGAAAGGAAAGGCUAAGGUGAUCCCUUAG